UAUUAUUCUAAAUAAAUAUUUGCUCUCCUUGAGUGUCGAUAUCAAGAAUCAAACGGAAAAAGAAUCGAUAAUUAAUAUAUUAUUUCACUCCAAAUCCCUGAUAGAUAAUAAAUAUGAAUUAUAUAACUGUCCAUGCAGUAGAAGAUAUUAUAUCUUGCAAAUUAUCAUCAAUUUAUAAUAUUUGAAAGUCUCUAAAUGUACAUUUGUAUAAAUUGUGGAGCUGAAUGCAAAGAACUUUUUAGAAGAUAUUGUCCUAGCGUUCUUAAAAUCUUAAAAUGUGAAAAGUGUGGCUUGUUAGCUGACAAAUACAUCGAAUAUGAUCCUGUUAUAGUCUUUGUAGAUCUUAUUUUGAUAGAAAAACCAGCUUAUAGACAUCUCUUGUACAACAGCAAUUUUAAAUCAUAUUGGAAAUUGGUUAUAAUAUUAUGGCUAGCUGAAUCAUUCAGAGCUUGGUUUUCUUGCGAGAUGAGCAAGACAGAAAUAAAUGCAUCAGAAGCAAAUUUAGUCUUUAACAAUGUGUCACAAGAUAAUUGUAAUUUUUACAGUGUGCUGCUACAUACAGCAUUUGCCUUUGCAGCAUUUAUUUGUAUAGUUAUUCUAGUAACCGAAUUAAAAUGGUUCAUCAUUGGUAAAAAACCAUACAAAUACAGUGUAAGAGAUUUAAGUUGCGCUUUAAUAAUUGGAGGUUGUGGAAAAUUAUUGGGAUUUCUGGGAAUAGUGUGGAGGCAUAUAGCUUCUGGUCCAUAUUACCUUCUUAUCGAAGGUUACACUGUUUUAUGUCUCUUCACUGCAUACUCGGUUGUCUGCAAGAGUGGAAAGGGAGGCUCUUUGAUUGGAUUAAUUGCUGGAUUUUUGUUGUAUAGUUACAUAUGUACUUCCAUUUCUAAAUUGCACCUAAAUAUUCCCAAUAUCACAUUAACAUGACAUAAAGUAUCUGAUGUAAAACCAUAUAGUUUUUGAUGUUUAAGCAUCUUUUACUGGAAGAACACUCCAACCUAAUACUAAUCUAUCAAAACCGCAAGAAAAUAAAUUACACACAUUAUUAUCUUCCAACCAAGCAACAGAACACACCAUUCUGCGAUGACCCUAUGAACAAAAAUAUAUGUUAUUUUGUUUUUAUUUUAUAUAUUUAUAGUCGAG